AUGUGCCUAUCCGCACAGCAUGCCCGAUACGAGACCUAUUCGGUAGAGAACCCUCAAGAUGGGCCUUACAAGGAUCAAGCUACUCACAUUCACGGUUGCUUGACAGACUUUCUCAAGCUUGAGCAAACAAACUGCGGCAGACCAGAGCUCGACAACGAUCACAACAUUAGGGGGAUAAACUACACGAUCCUCGGGAUAGCGGUGUUUUCCAUCGUCCUUCGAACUGUCACGAAAUCUUAUCGCUUUUCACAAUGGGGUGCUGACGAUUACCUCAUCAUCGCGGCGUCGCUCUUUACCGGAGUUCAAUGCAUUAUCAUGGGCCUGAUGACAUUUGCGGGCUUGGGCCGGAAUAUCUGGACACUUGACGACAGUACCAUUACCACGUUUCACAUAUAUCUCCUCGUCGUUCAAUAUGCCUACGUUCUAAGUCUCUGCCUCAUCAAACUCUCAAUACUCUAUUUCUUUCUCCGAACAUUCCCCGACCCAACUUUCAGAUUAAUCAUCAAGUGUACUAUUGCCUUCAACAUUGUCACGACAAUCAUCGUCACCAUAUGCGGCGCACUGCAGCGACAACCAAUUCACUUACUCUGGGAUGGAUGGAAAGAGUAUCCUCCUCGCGGGAUCACACUUAAUAUCCCAGCAAUCAUCUUUUUUCACGCUGGUGUUAACAUUGCUCUUGAUGUCUGGAUGUUUGCGCUACCGUUGACGCAGUUAUAUUCUUUGGGUCUUCAGCCGAAGAAGAAGGCUGGCGUUAUGGUAAUUUUCGGUGUUGGUAUUUUUCUCAUUGCAGCCAGCUGUAUCCGCAUCCCCUAUUUACUCGACUUCACAAGAACGUUGAACGCAUCAUCAACAGCCAACGCACAAGGAUUCGUCGUAUGGUCCAAUAUCGAAAGCGGCGUAGGCAUCUUGGUAGCCUGUAUGCCUCACAUGCAACCAAUCUUCCGCGCUAUCGCAGCACGAGCUAGAUCGUGGAAUAUUCUACCUAAAGGCUCAAGCAGCAGCACAGAGGGAAUAUUUGUGCAAAGAUCUCUGGCGACCAUUAAGAUGUCAAAGACUGAUGGGACUACUUUGGUGGAACCGGAUGACUUGGUUUUGCAUGAUAGAGGGGGUUUGUUGAGUGAACCUAGUCCAGCGAAGAAGGUUGAUAGUAAGUUCGGGAGUGUGAGUGAGACGGGGACAUCAGGGUGA